AUCUUGGGACUGGCUGGCUUUACCAUUCACACACACAUCUUGCAGAUCUCCCUUUCAGUGGAGAACUCGCAAUCAACUGGCAAAGAGGAAGUGUCAUUUGUUAGCCAUCUAAACCAGUUCCUUACGUGUAGAACGGGGGAGUCUUCGACCUUCUGCCUGAGGUUUUGUACAGCGGCGGUGGCUUAUGCAGUCUGCUUGUCAUCAUCCUGCACCUCAUCCUCGCCGAAUGUCAUGGAGCAGUUUGUUCCUUCUGGGUUCGUGCAAAAGCUACAAUAUGUAAUUCCUCGACUGAUUCCAAAGUCCAGGAGAGAACAUGGAGAAGUAGUGGAAUCUACCUGGAAUAACCUUGUUGGUCUUAAUUUAAACUGGUCUGCUACAGCACUUUCAGUAUUUAAACACCGUGCAUUCAAGGAGCUUGCACAGAUUAAACACUUCCAGCUAACAUUUUAUGGUUGGUUGAUGUCUGAACUGGAAACUCAGCCACACAGGGAUCUGCUAUCUGAUAUAGACAGGCAAGAAUAUCAACAUUGGGCCUGUUACCAACAUUAUCUGCCAUCUCCUCCUACAGCAGGAGGCUGUGGAGGAGAUUUAGUGACUGCAUGUAGGAUUAUUAUUAAUGCAUUAAUGGAUUUCAAUAAAAGGGCUAAAGUUCAAAACUUCAAAGAAUCUGGUUGUACAGAACUUCCUUCAUUCAAUAGAUCGAGUUAUGAAAACAUUAUCUGUCGACUGCAGGAAAUGGUGUUUGAUCUGGAAAGAGUAUGGGCAAAGGCACCAGGCAAAAACUUAUCACCUGAAGGUGGCCAUUUUCUCCUGGAUGUGUUUUGGGACAGACAAGCAAAGGUGGAGUUGCCAAAGUUGAGUGAGCAGUUAGAGCACCAGAUUGAAUUGCAGCUAUUCAUUAGAAUUCUACUGGCACUUCCUCCUGGUGUGCUGUUUAGAACUCGCAAAGAUGGACUGAAGACAACUUUGGAAUGUGAGGAAUUCUUUCACUUUACAAAUGGAGAACUGAGGAAUGGUUACUCCAAGGAGUUAGUGCUUCCUUUUGAUGUUACCUUGCACUUCUUCAGAGGUUUGCUUAAUGCUUCUGUGAGCUGUGAAGAGCCCAGUGGUGCUAUUGCUGGCAUUCUAAGUGAUAGCAAAGCACAUUGCCCCCUGCUCAUGCUAUCUGCAACGUGCUGGUGGACGAGAUUGGAGCCUGUACUUUCCACGCAGUGGAAACUGUUUAGUGAUGCCUCACUUCCCAGAGAACUGCAGAAGAUGGUUGACAGCCAGUGCUGGGCAAACAGGUUACUUUUGGGGAAAUUGGAAAGUCCUCCACUCUGUCCUCCCUGGGUGUUGGGUGCCUUCGUGUACUUUACCCUGCGAAGGGGAAAUGACCUGAACAUGUUGCAGACAGCAGCGAGAGAGAUCUGUGCUGAAAAUGAAGUGUUCCAGGUUUCUGUCCUAUAUCUCAGUUUGAUGGAUUUGGUCUCCUCUCUACUGCAACCAAAGGAAACCUCUGACAUAACUGUUACAUUAAAAGCAUGCACUGAUGUGGUCAUGGUUUUGGAAGAGCAGAACAAAUCCUGGCUUAAUAUAUUUUUGAUGGCAAACAAAGGUCACAAGUCACACCAGAUCCUAUUCAGCAUGAUGUCAGAUCUGGAAGUCAAGCUUCUUCCUGUUGCCUUCUACAGUUUUAUUCCUGCUCUGGAUCCAAAGCUUCUUUCUUCUGUCAUCAAGCACCCAGAUUUUCUGUUCGUGGCCAUCACUCUGUACUCAGCAAUAGUCAAGCUCUUCCUCGAUGGAGAAAAUAUAAUCUCGGCCUCGGAUCAAUGUGACUUGCAAAAUUCCAAACAGCCUGAUCCUUUGGAAUUACUAACUAUCGGGCGCCAGUUCCUCCUUCGAAUAAUUCCAAGAUGUUCUGGUCAAAUCAUUUCACAGCGCAAUAAACUGCAGGCUGUUUGCAAGGACAUUGACCCAGAGCUGAAAGCUUCCCUUGACCAUCAACUGCAACUUUGCAUUGGUGAUGGACUCUACUCUGAAUCUACUCUUUUAUAAAGAAUGAUCUCCUUGGAGC